CAAUGACAUUUUGGACUACAGUAAACUGGCUUCCGUCUGUCCUCCGUGUCUAUCAUAAAUUCCCCAAGCCCGGUGUCUCAUUGCAAGGUACCCUCGAUCCCAAAGUUCCCAGGGCAGCCGAGGGCGAUAGCCUUCGGUACCGACAAAUCGUACAGAACCUUACGUCUAAUGCCAUCAAGUUCACCGAAAAAGGAUAUGUACACGUUGCCGUAAGCCUUGAACAUGAGGAUGAGGAGAGCUUCGAUGUCCUGACAGAAGUGAUGGACAGCGGCAUCGGAGUUCCGAGUGCAGUUUGCUCAGCUUUGUUCACGCCAUUCAUGCAAUUUGACAAUUCGACGACCAAGAAGUUUCAAGGGACAGGUCUUGGUUUGAGCAUCUGUAAGAGUUUAGCUGAACUGAUGAACGGUCAAAUUGGCUACAAACCGAAUCCUGAAGGUGCUGGGAGUUUGUUUUGGUUCACUGCAAAACUCAAGAAAGUGCCACAAGAAUCAUCCAUUCAAGCGCUCGAAACUCAACUCGAAACCCUCAACCGCCCUUCCAUCCCUUCCUCCCCCCUAGAAGCCAUCAAGAAAGCCGCAGUCAACAAGCAUAUCCUCCUCGCAGAAGACAACACCAUCAAUCGAACCGUCAUGCUCAAAAUGCUCGCCGGCCUCGGAUUCCCUUCAAUCGACGUUGCAGUCGAUGGUGAAGAAGCCGUCAAGCUUGCCACUGCAACGCAGGAUAGCACGACUAGAUCAUCACCUUACGACCUUAUACUCAUGGACAUCAGCAUGCCCCUACUAGAUGGCGUCGAGGCGACCCGGAAGAUUAGGAAUGCGGGUCUACAGAUGCCCAUCAUUGCUAUGACGGCUAAUGCGCUCAAGGGCCAUGCGGAGAACUAUAUUGCGAAGGGUAUGACGGGAUAUGUUGCGAAGCCUGUGGAUCGCAAUGUAUUGAUCAAUUUGCUGCUGGGCUAUAUGCAGCAGCGUGAACAAGGAGACUGA